CUCAGAGCUGAGGCAGCCACACACAGGAGAGAAGAUGCUGCUGCUGCACAGUCAGUGUGUUUGUGCUGCUCAAGAGCCGCCGAGGCUGGAUGCAAUCUGAGCCAAGCGCUGCAACGAUCCAGGGACCAAUAACCCCCCUCCCGGUGCAGGGGGGGAACGGCUGAAUCCGACAUUGUUCUCUUGUGUCCGCGGUGAUGCUGCUGGGGAUGAAGCCUUGCCGGCUGGAACUGCUGCUGCUCACUUGUAUCCUGCUCAGCAGAGAAUUUGGUCUGGCUCUGGGAUUUAUGUCAAAGGACAAGUUCCGUAAAAUGUCUGAAGGUCCAUCUUCCUCCUUCACCCUGCAGCCACAGGACCAGGUGGUGGUGGCAGGGAGGCCAGUGAGUCUACUAUGUGCCAUUCCUGGGUACCACGGCAUUGUGUUAUGGAUUAAAGAUGGACUGGCACUCGGUGUGGGCCGAGACCUCUCUGGGUACCCUCGUUACUCUGUAGAGGGCGAUCAUAUGUCAGGGGAAUAUCACUUGAAGAUUCAGCGAGCAGAGCUUCAGGAUGAUGCUUUGUACGAAUGUCAAGCGAUACAGGCCGCCAUCCGAUCGCGUCCAGCCCGUCUCACCGUAUUGGUUCCCCCUGAUGAUCCGGUAAUUAUUGGUGGUCCGAUAAUAAGCCUACGUGCCGGAGACCCGCUGAAUUUAAGCUGUCAUGCGGACAACGCAAAACCAGCAGCGACCAUAAUCUGGAUGAAGGAUAGCGAUGUGCUGAACGGGGCCACAUACACCAAGACACAACCACAGGAUGCAAAGCGGGAAAGUAUCAAAAGCACGCUUUUUGUCUCACCCACAGACAUCGAGAAUGGUCAGAUCAUCACGUGUCGUGCCACUAAUAAAGCAAUUCCAGCAGGAAAAGACACAACAGUCACCAUAAACAUCCAACAUCCACCGCUGGUCAAUCUGACAGUGGAUCCGCAGCCAGUUCUGGAGGAUAACGUGGUGAAGUUUCACUGUGCAGCCAAGGCCAACCCAGCAGUUACCCAAUACCGGUGGGCAAAAGGUGGACAACUCCUGAAGGAGGUGACAGAAGAGACCUUCGAGACAGUGGUGGAUUACUCGUUCUUCACGGAGCCAGUAUCGUGUGAGGUCACCAAUGCCCUGGGCAGCACCAAUGUCAGCAGAACAGUAGACGUAUAUUUUGGACCUAAGAUGACAUCAGAACCAGAAUCUGUCACUGUGGACCUUGGAUCUGAAGCCACCUUUCACUGUGCUUGGAUGGGUAAUCCGUCGCUGACCAUUGUCUGGAUGAAGCGUGGCUCUGGAGUGGUGUUAAGUAAUGAAAACUCCUUGACUCUGAAAAACGUGCGCCAGGAGGAUGCUGGGAAGUAUGUGUGCCGUGCUGUGGUUCCUCGGGUAGGCGCUGGUGAGAGGGAGAUCACCCUGACAGUGAAUGGUCCUCCUAUCAUCUCCAGCACUCAGACACAGCAUGCCCUGCAUGGUGAAAAGGGACAAAUCAAGUGUUUCAUUCGCAGCACUCCUCCUCCGGAUAGGAUAGCCUGGUCCUGGAAGGAGAAUGUCCUGGAAUCAGGAACAUCAGGUCGAUACACAGUGGAAACAGUCAGCACAGACGAAGGUGUCAUCUCCACUCUGACCAUCAGCAACAUUGUGCGAGCCGACUUCCAAACCAUAUACAACUGCACAGCCUGGAACAGCUUUGGCUCAGACACGGAGAUCAUUAGACUCAAAGAACAAGGUCGGAACAUGCAGUCAGGAGCCAGUAUGGAGCCAGAAUCCGUCCCAGUUACCGUGAUCAUUGGUGUGGCUGUCGGGGCCGGUGUGGCAUUCCUUGUUCUCAUGGCAACAAUUGUAGCAUUCUGCUGCGCUCGUAACCAGAGAAAUUUAAAAGGCGUGGUAUCUGCCAAAAACGACAUCAGAGUGGAGAUUGUUCAUAAAGAGCCAACGACAGGGCGGGAAACUGAGGAGCAUUCCAGUAUGAAACAGCUGAUGAUUGACAGGGGAGACUUCCAGCAAGACUCGGUCCUCAAACAACUGGAGGUCCUGAAAGAGGAGGAAAAGGAGUUUCAGAAGGAUCCCACCAAUGGCUACUACAGUGUGAAUACAUUCAAAGACCACCAUUCAACUCCAACCAUCUCCUUAUCCAACUGUCAAUCGGAAAUUCGACCACCCAACAAGCAACGGGUUCCUACAGGCAUGUCCUUCACCAACAUCUACAGCACCCUGAGCGGACAGAACCGCUUAUAUGAUUAUAGUCAGCGAUUCGUCCUCGGUAUGGGUAGCAGCUCCAUCGAGCUCUGUGAACGGGAGUUCCAGAGAGGAUCCAUGAGUGAUAGCAGUUCCUUCCUGGACACUCAGUGCGACAGCAGCGUCAGCAGCAGUGGGAAACAAGAAGGAUACGUCCAGUUUGACAAGUCCAGCAAAGCCUCAGCAUCUUCCUCUCAUUAUUCCCAAUCAUCAUCUCAAAACUCUGACCCCAGCCGGCCACUUCAGAGGAGGAUGCAGACACACGUGUGACUUUCCCGAGGCAACCAGGGGCCUUAUGUGAUACAUAAUGGGGAAAGGAAAGCAGACGGACAGUUGGGGUGGUAUUUGGUUGUGGCGUAUAACAAGGGACUUCGGAAUUCUUGAAGCCUUGAAUAAGGGAGUGAGCCUCUCUCGUGAGAUAUUUAUUUAGUUUUAUAUUUAUAUGAAAAAAAGAAAAAAAAGGAGAGGACCUCACGAUUGUACAAAGCACUUUGAUCAAUGGAGUACAACAAGCCAUGGUUCUCUUAUUUAGGUGGUGAAUCAACCAUUUUAUAAAACUACCCCUUAAAAUACUGUAUGUAAAACAAAAAUUUAACACAGCUCCCGACUCUGACCAGAGCCGUGGCCAAAAGAUAACCAGUAUCAAAGACUAGGAAUCUAGCCAUCAGUAAGCACAAUGCUGUGGAGAAACAUCACAGCCUGGCAGGGUAACGAGACAGGAACUACACAUAUGGUCAUUUCCAAUACGGCUGAUCAGAUGCUAACGCACUUCUUGGCCGACAGUCAGGGAAGCUUCUAUAUAUUUUAAAUCCCAGUGUAUUUAUUGUAAACCGAUAACAGAUAUCUAGUAGAAGUCACAUUUCUCUCAUAAAAGCAGGAAUUUUAUUUCUUGAUACCAGACAGAAGGUGUUACUUGGUGGGAAACCAUCACACCCAAUUCCUGCCUCUAGAACAAGUGGUUGGAUCUGUAUUUGUUGCCAUGUUUUAAAUAACAAAACACACAACAUUACCCUAGUUUCAGGGACUAUGAGGACUAGGGAUAAAGAAUUAAUAUUGUAUCUCAUACCAAUCCAACUGUCAUUAAUGAGCCACACAGCAUUUCAGGACCAUGCAACGUGCACCCACCUCCAAACACAUUUCAAUACAUCUAUUAAUCUAUUUAUGUACUGUUUUUUUGUACUGCAUUUUUUACCUGUUCAUGGUCACUGUACAUUCCUGAGACAGGAAAGACUGAGCUGAUAAAAAUCUGGAAGGGAAGCUCCAUUUGUUGUGUGUGAACAAGAGCACUAUCUGUACUGCUACUGUCCAAUAACAGAUGAUGGUGACAGAUGAUUGAUAAAUUCCUUCAUUUUUUUGUUUUCCGAUUAAAUAAAAUAGGGAGAUUGUGUGUUAUAGCUGGACCGGACACGUUUGUUGAAAUAUUUUUUUGUCUAAUAAUAAAUUCCGUUCCAAAUCGUAGGAAAGCCA